AUGCAGGCAAAACCAACUGCUACCAGGCCUGCACUACCAAGAGCCUGCUGCUGCCAAACCUACGCUGACCAAACCUACAGCACACCAGAGCCUGCUGCUGCCAGGCCUGCACUGCCAGGCCUGCGGUGCCAGGCCUGCUGCUGCCCAGGCCUGCACUAUGCGGCCUGCGCGCCAGGCCUGCUCUGCCAGGCCUGCGCGCUGCCAGGCCUGCUGCUGCCAGAGCCUGCGCUGCCAGGCCUGCUUUGCUGCCGGGCCUGCGCUGCCAACCUGCCUGCCGGGCCUGCACUGGAGGCCUGCUGCUGCCGGGCCUGCUUGCUGCCAGCGCUGCUGCCAGGCCUGCUGUCGCUGCCGGACCUGCGCUGCCAGGCUGCGCUGCUCAGGCCUGCACUGCCGGGCCUGCGCUGCACCAGACCUGCUGACUCGCUAGGGCUGCAUGCUGCCAAGGCCUGCUGCUGCACCAGACCUACGCGCCACGAUGCUGCUAUGCCAGGCCUGCGCUGCCAGAUCUGCUGCUGCCAGGCCUGCACUGCCGGGCCUGCGCUGCCGGGGCUGCUGCUGCUCGGGCCGCUGCUGCUGACCAGCUGCCUUGCUGCUGACACGCUGCCAGGCCUGCUGCUGGGGCCUGCGCUGCCGGCCUGCUGCUGCCGGCCUCUGGCUCGCCAGGCCUGCGCGCGAGGCUGCUGCUGCCAGGCCCACUGCUGCCUGCCGGCCUGCUGCUGCUAG